UUCUGAGAGGUUUACGUCUUGUUCCAAUCAAUCCUUACCACUACUGCAUGGUUAAUAUUUAUCUCAACUAAUCACUCUAGAAAGAUCACGUUCCAUCACUUAGUUUAUGUGUGUAUAUAUGCGCGUAUGAAGAGAAGGAUCCGACCAAACUGCCCACUAAAAACUCUGUUUCAAGUUUACUUCCAUGGCACGUCUUUCUCUGUUUCUGUCCUUUCUCUCUGUAAUAGCUCUGAUCUCUUCCGUAAACGGUCGUGUUUUAAAUUCUUUGUCUGCGGAUAAAUCAAUCUUGGUCUCCGAUGGAUCUCAAGAAGAAUCCAGCUAUGAAAUUCUAACUCUCGAUCCGCCAAAUCGCCUUUCCAAGAAUGCUUGUGUUCAUGUCUACGGGUUUCUGCCAUGUGCAGACAAUGUUGCAGGAUACGUCUUCCAAGUUUUCUCCUUUGGUUGUCUACUGAUCAUCGGUGAAAACUUCUUGUCUGAAGGAAGGACUAAGCUCUUUGUGAUCUUCGAGGUCGGUUUCUACGGCGGAAUUGUGUUCCCUCUCCUUACAAUGUUCACAAGAAUAGCCCUUAUUCUCUCAAGUGGACUAACGGGAAGCCGUGAGAUUGCAAACUCAAUGGUGGAUAAUAACGUUGGAGUUACUGUGGCAUACACUGUCUUUGCUUUGACCAUGCAGUGGGGAGCUUGUGUUGUCUUUGGUUUGUCUGGUUUGGGAUCAGAUCAGUCCAUAAGAAAUGGAGAAGUCCAGAGAAUCUCUUCUGACACAACGAUUCCAAGACGACAACUGAUAAUGAAGAUCGUUGCUGCUGGCGUAAAAGCAGAUCCUAAGAACAAGAAAGCGGCAGGGAUCAUGCUCCUGACUUUAUUGCCUUUCGUCAUGGUCACACUUUCAGAGAUGUUUGAUUCCAAAUCUUGGAAAGAUCGUAUAGUUUUGAUCACUCUAAUAAUCUCUGGUUCUGCAACUGUUGUCUACUUUCUUUAUUCGUAUUUUGAUACAGCAGACCAAGAGAAGAGCUUAGAUCGUGCAAGGUUUGAGCUCAUGUCAGAAGUACAUAAGCAUUUGCAGAAUUUUUCACCUCAAAGCUUUAUUAAAAAUGGACAAUUAAGUAAAGAGAGCUUGCACAGAUUGUUUGAAAAGAUAGAUGUAAACAAAGAUGGAAAGAUCCAAGUGUCAGAGCUUAAGGAUCUGACUGUGGAGUUUGGGAUGCUAGGACGAAUGAAGUGUGACAUACAUGAGCUUGCUACAACAUUGCUUGCUGAUUUCGAUAGCGAUAGUGAUGGUGAGAUAGAUGAGAUUGAAUUCGAGAAAGGAAUCUCACGAUGGCUCAAACAGUACAAGUUUAGUUUCGAUAGCACCGAGUGUCAAAGAGAUAACCGAGCUGAGGAUAGAGUUUUGAGGAUGGAACAACCAAAGGAAAGUCUUGUAGCUAAGUUGCUCUCCCAGAGAACCAUGAGAGCUACAAUUGAAGUUAUUGUAGGGAUUUUAAUUGUCCUAUUUCUUGCAACGCCUUUCAUGGCGAACAUCGAGCUUUUGUCUAAAUCAGCUGGAGUUCCUUCCUUCUAUGUUGUCUUUGUAGUGAUCCCUUUGGCAAGAAACCUAAGAAACGCUUUGACUGCUCACUUCUGUCGCAAGAAAGACAAGGCUAGAGUUACAUCAGAUACAUUCUCUGAGAUAUACAAGGAUGUUACGAUGAACAAUCUGCUGGGAAUUUCGAUUAUAUUAGCGAUUGUAUACACAAGAGGAUUGACUUGGGAUUACUCUACUGAAGUUCUGAUUAUUGUGAUCGUUGGCCUCAUAAUAGGCGUACCGGCCUAUGUUAGAUCAACUUAUCCGUUUUGGAUAUGUGUCUUGGCAUUUGCUCUCUACUUCUUUUCACUUGUCCUCGUCUAUCUUCAUUUUAAUUCUCGAGACAAGAUCGGAACGCUCACCUCUAACAUAUAGUCACUGAAUGUUUCCAAGUUUUUUCUCUCUCUGAAGAUUUUGUGCUUUUCUUCCCUUUAGAUUCACAGUAAGUAUUUUUAAAGUUCCGUCUGCGUUGUAUGUUUACGAGCUCUAUGGUGUUAAACAUUUCGAGAUAAAAUAAUGUUUCAGACUUUGUUAA